GGGGGAAAGAUCCGGUCGAUGAAGGUUCAUCGCUCCGGCUUUGUUGCGCAAGGGCUACAGCAACGGAGGAGCGUCUUUGGCCCCAAGCCGAGGCUGGCGCGACAGAAUCAUUCGGAGGCGCCUGCCGUUUGUGAAGACGGCCUCAUCGCUCGAUUCAAGGGACUGGCAGAUGAUUGCACAGUACCUCCGCAGGAUUGUGUUAUUUGUGUCAUUAAUCUCAUGCCGGCCGUCGUGCACAUCGUCGACAUGAAACACCGCACGCACGACCCAUACGGCCUCAACGAGGUCCACCUGGCUUCUCCACUGGUCGCCAUCGUCUUUCCCAUCUUUUUCGUCUAG